ACAGGUCUUUGUUGGUGAAUAGAAAUCAGUGGCAUUGGAGAGAGGGAGGACUCCUCCUACCCAAUUACCCAAGCUGGGCAGGCGUUUGCUCUCUUCACAAAUAGGACACAGGAUCUCUAACACACACAGUCCCAAACCUGACUUUCAAGCAUUCGGAUCCCCAGUAGGAGAUUGGGACUAUCUGAAAAUCUACGUUUAAAACAUCCUCCAGACUUCAGCUUUGCCUUAUAUCGUCCGGACUAUACUUUUUUUCUCCUGCCCAACAAGACGUUGGAGAAGUGGACUGGUUCUCCUGCCUGUUCCUGCGCCGUCCAUCAAAUCCCACCGGCUUUAUUUUUAAAAUAUUGAUUGCAUUUGUGUGAAUUUGUUGGUGUAGAUCCAUUCGGAUGUUUUAAGGAUCCGGAAAGCUGUAUAUGGAAGUUGUGGGGUGCAAGGCGAAAGAAAGCAGUUGCACAUUGCGUCCAGCAGCCAUGCUUUUCCACGGCAUCUCUGGGGAUCAUAUUCAAGGGAUCAUGGAGGAGAUGGAGAGGAGAUCUAAAUCGGAGUCUCGUCUGGCUAAAACCGUUCAGAUGAACGGACGAGAGACGACGAUGCCCUCCAUGAGCCCAGAGAAGCCUGCGCUGUGCGCUGGCUGCGGUGGGAAAAUCUCCGACAGAUACUACUUACUCGCCGUUGAUAAACAGUGGCAUUUAAGGUGUCUCAAGUGUUGUGAAUGUAAACUCGCCCUUGAAUCCGAGCUGACGUGUUUCGCGAAGGAUGGCAGCAUUUACUGCAAAGAGGAUUACUACAGGUUCUCCGUGCAGAGAUGUGCCCGCUGCCACCUCGGCAUCUCCGCCUCGGAAAUGGUGAUGCGCGCCAGGGACUCCGUGUACCAUCUGAGCUGCUUCACCUGCACCACAUGCAACAAAACACUGACCACGGGUGACCAUUUCGGCAUGAAAGACAACUUGGUUUACUGCCGGGUUCACUUUGAGACCCUUAUUCAGGGAGAGUAUCACCCUCAAUUAAACUACGCUGAAUUAGCGGCCAAAGGCGGAGGGCUCGCGCUGCCUUACUUCAAUGGCACCGGCACGGUGCAGAAAGGGAGGCCGCGGAAGAGGAAGAGUCCGGCGAUGGGGAUAGAUAUCGGCUCUUACAACUCAGGUUGUAACGAGAACGAAGCGGACCAUUUGGAUCGGGAUCAGCAACCCUACCCUCCAUCUCAAAAGACCAAGCGCAUGCGUACGUCGUUCAAACACCAUCAGCUUCGCACCAUGAAGUCCUACUUCGCCAUAAACCACAACCCUGAUGCCAAGGACUUAAAACAGCUUGCCCAAAAGACAGGACUGACCAAAAGAGUUCUUCAGGUUUGGUUCCAAAACGCACGGGCCAAAUUCAGAAGGAACGUUUUGCGGCAGGAGAAUGGGGGUGUUGAUAAGGCUGACGGCACGUCACUUCCGCCACCCUCUUCUGACAGCGGUGCUCUGACCCCACCCAGCACGGCCACCACACUAACUGACCUGACCAAUCCCUCUAUCACCGUAGUAACAUCAGUGACCUCUAGUUUGGACAGCCACGAAUCUGGGAGCCCCCCACAAACUACCUUGACAAACCUUUUCUAACACGGAUUUCCUUUUUUUUUUGUCUUUACCCCCUUUAUUUUCAGAUUCUAUUUUUAUUUUCCACAACAAAAAACCCUUCGGCGACCACAGAAAGACCUUUGGAAAUGUAAGACGAGACCUACUAUGUGUAGCAUUUGCAACCGCGUGGCAGCUGAGUUUGUAGUACUUGUCAGUUAAUUUGUUUUUGUGAUCACUUUAUUUACAUAGUUUCAAUUUCAACCCGCCACGUUUAUUAAAACAAAGUGUGUCAGCAUACAGCACAUGUUAUGUUUACUGCAUAUUUUGGUAGUGAAGUCUAAAUAUAUUUGAUGACUUUUCCAAAAAUAUGUUCAAGCAACAAAAAAUUCUUAUAUUAUGUCCUUAAAUGCCAAGUGGAUGCUGUAACCUCAAUUUAGGUCCGUUUUGUUACCGACGCUGGACUCUAAUGACAAUUUGAAACGUUAAAUUUGCCACGAUGUGGUGCGAAUUCCAUCACAAGUUGGCCUGGAUUGUUCAUCGGGCCUCAACUAGUGGAACAACUGUUCUGAAUGAAGAUAUCCAGCGCUCAGUGACAAUAUGGUGCCCAGUAGGAAGCGUUAUGAGUGAUUUGUGAAUGCUAAGCAGGAAGUUAAUUAGGAGCGACGCACAUCACCCCGUUUUGUUCUGUUUCCCCCCUGUUUUGCCACCGAACAGACCAAAAAAAGAGAAAAAAACCCAUUUACGGCUCGGUUGGAGAUCGGUCGGGGCUCCUCGCUAGGGUGAAACAUUUCCUUGUGUGAUGACAAAUUUGUUCUGUUGUAGAACAAAGUGGUACACUAGAUCUACUUCAUGAAGUAGAUGCUUAACUCAGUUCUACUAUGUGCCUUAUGCGACUUGGACGAGAGUUUGUGAAAUUCAGGAGAUACAUGUUUGUUUGUUAAAUGAUUUCCAUCCUUGGAACGCCUCACUAGUUUUGUACUGUUCUGUUUUUCAUCUGAUUUUUUCUGAAGAUCUUUUUAAUGGUGUAUUCUGUUACAAGGGGGCGGCGGUGUCAUAGAAGGCAGUUGUGCACUCUUUCAGAACUAGUUGGUAAAUCCGAGAAUCAUAUAUAUUGAUCUUCGUGUUAAUAGUACAGUACGUGUUCUAUCAAGAUUGUCCAUGUUUCCUUGUUUCUUGAAAAAAGAUGGUGUAUAGAAACUAUUUCCCCUUAAAUAUUUAUGGACCAAACAGUUGUUAUAUCUUAUUAAAUUUGUGUGAAUAAAACUACUUUGCUUUACCAGCGUUUUAUUUUUCAUUACACAAACCAUUUUUGUGUUGCUUUCAGAUUUAAAAUUCUGCUCACACCAAAAACAACACGACAUGACAGAUCGAACCUUGUCUUGCUUUCAUUCUGACAUCGAUUUCAGACUUAAUUCUGUUUCUGUUGUUAAAGUAAUGCCCCAUGGAUUUGAACCAAAGCCCUGUAGUCAAGAAAAAAAUGCUUUUUAAUGCAUGAACAUGGCUACUUUAUACAGAAAUACCAAGCACAGGAAUGCUAGAACAACUAGUAAACAUAAACCUCUCAAAGCAAGGUUGCUCUGUAGUUUAAUAUAUUGUUA